AUGGACCCAACAGACAAUAGCUUACCCUCUAGGCCUUCCGGCUCGCCUGCCCCAGGUGCAGCCAGACAGAAAGUCCAGCAGCCGAAGCCACAAGCCCUUGCGAACAGACCUGGCACUUCCGCGAUCCUCGUAUCAACUCGACAAAAGGGAAAUCCAAUCCUGACGCAUAUCAAGCUUCUGCCGUGGGAGUAUGCCGAUAUUCCUGCAGAUUAUGUAGUUGGAACCACGACCUGCGCACUAUUCCUAUCCUUGAAAUACCACCGCCUACACCCAGAAUACAUCUACUCUCGAGUCAAGCAAUUAGCCGGCAAAUACAACCUCCGCCUCGUCCUUGUUAUGGUGGAUAUCCCAAACCACGAAGACAACCUCCGCGAACUAUCAAAAACAUCCAUUAUCAACAACCUGACAUUAAUACUAUGCUGGUCUGCCCCAGAAGCCGCCCAUUAUCUAGAACUCUUCAAGUCCUCAGAGAACGCACAGCCCACGGCAAUCCGAACUCAACAAGCGCAGUCAUACAAGGAAUCUCUGGUUGAGUUUGUCACAGCACCCAGAAGUAUCAACAAGUCCGACGCGGCCAGUCUAAUCUCCACCUUUGGAAGUCUGCAGAAUGCGAUCAACGCACAACCAGAGCAGAUCAGCGCCGUGCCAGGAUGGGGAGAGAAGAAGGUUCAGCAGUGGUGCAAUGCGGUUCGAGAAGACUUUCGAGUUGAGAGUACGAAGAAAUCCACUACUGCUGCUGUGCCAACUAAGCCAACUCGGCCAGCUCCGGCUCCGGCGCAGGCGCCUGCCAAUGACACACCCGAUCAUGAUAUAGACGAGGAUGAGGAGGAAGCGAUUCUCCGAGCAGUCAUGGCUGAAAGUAGGAAGACUGCUGCUGAGGCCAGGCAGUCUGGUGAGACUCGUCCGCCUGGUGUGCAACCCGAAGAGAUGAGCGAAGGAAUUACGGCUGCGCUUGCGAGGCUCAGAGAUAAUACUGGCUGA